CAGUCUCUCGUCGGCCCCCGCGUGCCACCGGCCCUUCUGCGCCCUCAGCUCAAAUAGCCUACUUAUUUUUUCUCUCUCUUCGUCUCUCUCGUGAAUAAAGCAAGAUGGAGGUAAAAAUCACCGGAGAAUCGAACGCGGCGGAAUCCUGCACGGGAGAAAACCAGGUGGUCAUCUCCAUCCCCCCAGGCACAGUCAUGGGUGACGUCCAGAAGGGAAAGAAGCUGUUCGUGCAGAGGUGCGCGCAGUGCCACACGGUGGAGGCCGGCGGCAAGCACAAGACGGGCCCCAACCUCCAUGGCCUCUUCGGCCGCCAGACGGGGCAGGCACCCGGCUACGUCUACACAGACGCCAACAAGUCCAAGGGCAUCACCUGGGGCGCCGACACCCUCGACGUGUACCUGACCAACCCCAAGAAGUACAUCCCCGGCACCAAGAUGGUGUUCGCCGGCCUCAAGAAGAAGGGCGAGCGGGCGGACCUGAUCGCCUACCUGGCCGAGGCAACGUCCUAAGAGAGAAGCAAGGAGGAAACAGACUUCGAAGAGAGCGGAUUUUAUGAAAUCACCAGUGAAGAAAAAUAGUUCAACUUUUUGUAAUAAAAACAAAACGGUUCGAAUGUGCAGACCGAGAAUGCCAUAGAAAAGAAAGUUGUUAACUGAGCUUAAAUGUGCAAGAAGUUCAUCAUUGAUCAUCUCCCCUUUUCUCUCUCGCAUUCUCUGAAAUGUAAAUAGCGUUUCUUCCCCUUCAGACUGGCUGACAAGGCCUCUCAUUUUUAUAUAUGUAUAAAACCGAAAGGGAAAUGAUGAGGAACCGAGAGACUUUCAGUUUUGAAGAACCUCAGUUUCUUUUCUUUUUUUUCCUUCCUCAAAAAAUAGAACGAGGGAGUCCUGUCAGUUGCCCUUUUAACUUAUUUCGUUUCAUCGUGAGAGAAUGGUUGCCUCGUGCCGUCGGGCGCAAGGCGUUGUUCAACUGGAAUUGUUUCCAUUCCAUUAAUUUUAAUUUUCCAUCAAAAUACAUGUAUAGUGAAAAAGUGAA